CUCUGAUUGACCUCUAUUGGUGCGGGGCCUUGACAAAGUAAGCUUCUUGUAAGACAUUACAUUGCAAAACUGUGUAGGCCGUCAACUUACGUCCCGAAUGGUUGUACACAGUCGUACCAUGUGAAGGUGGUGGAACAUUGCUUCUGCACUGGGACUCCAAUGAAAAAAGCCGUGAGCCACAUGCCUCGGAAAGCGUGUAAGGGGGCGCCCGUGUGGUUUGAGUUUGAUGACGGACUGUUGGCACCAGGCGUGGUGCACAAAGCGUCGACCGGGAACCGUCCCACAGUUGUGAGAAAUCUCCUCGACAACAAGCUUUACUCCAUCAUGGACCCAGGCACCCUGCGAGCACGGGAUCCGGGUGGGGAGGUGGGGAUAGAGGAUCUCACCCAGCUGGACGACCUGCACGAAGGAGCGAUCCUGCUGAACCUCAAGAAACGGUACGACAGCGAGCGCAUCUAUACGUACAUUGGGAGCAUCCUGCUGUCCCUGAACCCGUACCGUAUGUACGACAUCUACAGCUCGGAGGUGGUGCUGCUGUACGAGGGAAAGGCGAUGGGGGAGAAUCCGCCCCACCUCUUUUCUAUUGCAAAUGCAGCCUACAUGAAGAUGAUUGAUGCCAAAGAAAAUCAGUGCAUUUUAAUAAGCGGAGAAAGCGGCUCGGGCAAGACGGAGGCCACCAAGCUGGUGCUGCGCUACGUGGCGGCGCUGAACCACACUCGCAAGGACAACAUCACCCAGCAGAUCUUGGAGGCAACUCCUCUGCUGGAGUCAUUUGGAAACGCCAAAACCAUGCGCAAUGACAACUCCAGUCGCUUCGGCAAAUACAUCCAGCUCUUCAUGGAAGAUGGGGUGAUCAAUGGUGCCAUAACUUCCCAGUAUUUACUCGAGAAGUCAAGAAUUGUCUUUCAGGCCAAAAAUGAAAGGAACUACCACAUAUUCUACGAGCUGCUGGCAGGAUUGCCAUCGCAACAGAGGCAGAGGUACUACUUGCAAGACCCUGAGACCUACUACUACCUCAACCAGGGUGGUAAUUGUGAGAUCCCAGGCAAGCAUGAUGGGGAGGACUUCCGAAGACUGCUGAGUGCCCUGGAGAUUCUGACGUUCAGCACUGAGGAUCAGGCCACCAUCUUCAAGGUGCUCUCCUCCAUCCUGCACCUGGGUAACGUCUGCUUCGCUUGUCACGAGGUCGAUGGGCAGGAGGUGGCAUCGGUGGUGAGUGUGCGUGAGCUCCAGUCAGUCUCCGAACUUCUGCAGAUCUCUCAGGAGGGCCUUCAAAAGGCCAUCACCUACAAGGUCACGGAGGCCAUGCGGGAGAAGAUAUACACGCCAUUGUCUGUGGAAAGUGCGAUUGACGCCAGAGAUGCCAUUGCCAAGAUCCUGUAUGCACAGCUCUUUGUCUGGCUCAUCAGCCACAUCAACCUGCUGGUGGCCCCCAGGCAGGAUGCCAAGUCCAUCGCCGUGCUCGACAUUUACGGCUUUGAGGAUCUGGCUAUGAAUAGCUUUGAGCAGCUGUGCAUUAAUUAUGCUAACGAGUACCUGCAAUACUUCUUCAAUCGCAUCAUCUUCAGACAAGAGCAGGAGGUGUACGAUCGGGAGCGCAUCAGCUGGAAGCACAUCACCUUCAACGACAACCAGGCGUGCCUGGACCUCAUCUCCCAGAAGCCGUACGGCAUCAUGCGCAUCCUGGAUGACCAGAGCGCGUUCCCGCAGGCCACGGACCAGACCUUCCUUCAAAAAUGUCACUACCACCACGGCAACAACCCUCUCUACUCCAAGCCCAAGAUGCCCCUGCCCGAGUUCACAAUUAAGCACUACGCCGGCAAGGUCACGUACCAGGUGCACAAAUUUUUGGAUAAAAACUUUGACCAAGUGCGACAGGAGGUGUUGGAGCUGCUUAUUCACAGCAAGUGCAAGCUGAUGUCCGAUCAGUUCCGGCAGCACCAGUCAGUGGCACAGGGCCGCAUGGGCAAGAACUGCAGCCUGGGCCGCAGAUACCAGGCCCCAACGGUGGCCGCCAAGUUCCAGCAGUCGCUCAUGGAGCUCAUAGAGAAGAUGGAAAAGUGCAACCCAUUUUUUGUGCGUUGUAUAAAGCCAAACCAUAGAAAGGAGCCCGGUCUGUUUGACGCCGAGGUGGUCGGGGCUCAGCUGCUGUACCUGGGCAUCCUGGAGACCAUUCGCAUCCGCAAGGAGGGUUACCCGGUCAGGGUGGCGUUCCACACCUUCACCGCCCGGUACAAGAUGCUGGUGGGCAGGAAGGAGGCUGUCGUGUCCGGCCGGGAGGGCUGUGUCACCAUCCUCAGCAAAAUCAGCAUCAAGAAGCACAUGGAUGAGCCCUACCAAAUAGGCAUCAACCGGGUCUUCCUCAAAGAGAAGCUGCACCAGGCACUGGAGAGCAGGCGCGAACGCGUGCUGCACUGGGCGGCGGUCACCAUGCAGCGCUACGUGCGUGGCUUUGUGGCGCGCAGGCGUUACCACCGCAUGAGGUCCAAGGUGAUCCUCCUGCAGGCGCACAUCCGUGGCUACCAGGCCAGGUACCGCUACAAGAUGAUCCGCGAAGGCUUCAUCCGCCUACGAGCCACGGUUCUCAUGUUCCUCUGCCGGAGACGUUACCUGAAGGCAAGGGACGACGAUCGGAGACGUGCAGAGAUGGAGGGUAAAUCUUGGAAGGCAGGGCCCAGGAGAGAGGGUGUGAAUGUGUCUCAACUGGAGAUACCAGCCGAGCUUGCGGCCAUUCUGCAGGCCAGUCGCGAAUUGCAUCACGUGCACGAUGGCCACGUGGUCAUCACCUGCCAGCCGCCCAUCAGCCAGACCCUGCAGCCCACUCUUCCGCUCGACGUCAACAACUUCCCCUUCUCCAAGUUCGCCAGGAUUCACUUCAAGGAUCAGCAGUUCGGCGUGCUGACGUCGUCCCCGCGCUCACCCAUCACCCUGCUGGAGGAGGACCUGAGAUCCGAGGCUGUGGAGCUCCUCAAGCUGGUGAUGAGGUCCAUGGGCAGCUCUGACCUGGACUCCCUGCACGAGUUCCUCUUCGGCUGCUACGUGGUGCAGAGGGGCCUGGCGUGCGUGCGUCUGCGGGACGAGCUGUUGUGCCAAUUGGCCAAUCAGACGUGGCACAACGAGCAACCCAGGGAGGAGGAGCAAGGGUGGCUACUCAUGGCCGCCUGCCUCAGCUCCUUCUCGCCCUCGCCCCGACUUGAGAAAUACCUGCUCAAGUACGUGUCGGACCACGCGUAUAACGGAUAUCGCGCCACGUGCCAGCACAAGUUGCUGCAGGGAAUGUCCGCGAACUCCGUGGAGCCCGGAGCAUCACGCACCUUCCCGCCCUGCCUGCUCGAGUGGGUGGCCGCGAAGAACCACGCCGCCAUGGCCCUCGAGGUUGCCUGCUACAACGGUGAGACGCUGCUGUGCCCUGUGGAGUCGUGGACGACCGGGGAGCAGCUCGGAGCCUCCAUCCUGCAGCGCAGGGGUGCGAGCGAGAGCUGCCGGGGUUGGUCGGUGAGCCUGCAGCAGGGUGCACGUACGAACGAGCUGCCGGGUCACGAGCACGUGCUCGACCUCGUCUCUCACCUGGAGCUGCCGCCCUCCUUCCCAACACAGACGUGCAGCUUCCUGCCACCCCAGCACAACAGCGGUCACGGCAAGGACUCGUCGGGUGGCAGUGCCUACGAGACCGACGAGGACAUGCCCUUCCCACCUCGUGCCAAGGCGCCCCCACACCCUCCUGCCAGCCUCUCAGACUCGGAUGGAUAUUUUUCCCGCCCCUACUCACCCGAAUCCGAGACAAACAGUGACCAGCGUUCCCAGAAGACUAUGGACCAGUACCUGGACAGCCUCUUUGACCCCGUGCUGUCAUUUGGCGCAGCGGACAUGGAACGCGCGGCGGCGCUCAGCCGGCAGCUCAAGGGAGGCGGCAGGGUCGGCCCAGGUUCCAGCAGCCAGCCCAACCCACAGGCAGCGGGACCACCACCCCAGCAGACACCCGCUGGCUCUGUAGUGCAGGUGAUGCCAGGGGAGAUGGUCUCCCUACCCGGCAUACAGGCCAUGGUGAUGUCUCCUGACGUAAUGGCCCAACAGCAAGCCCUACUGCAACAGCAAGCCUACCUGCUGGCCCAGCAGAUGGCUCUCCAAAUGAUGUACCAACACAAGCCGGGCUCCGAGCCCAAUGCUGCGACCUCCAGCCCCGCGGCAGCAGGCGAUGGCAACAACGCAGCAGCUGGAGUUGCCGAGCAAUCAAGCUACCCGCAUCAGGAUGACGGAGAGUGGGAGGGGCGGAUGCGGCCCCUGCAGCUGAGCCGCGACUACCGGCCCGAGCCAACACAAAACAUCCGCAACAUCAUUAAGGAGUUCCACACUCAGCCAGCCACCACGCUCGCGCCGCCCGCUGAGCCACAGUCCGGCCUCGCGCGCAGAGGGACGGGAAAGGCAGUUUGUGAAGAAGCCCGAUCCACAUAUGGAGGCCAUGGCGAUCCUACAGAUGAAGCCUCGAGCACCAGACAUUCAUGUGAGCAACAUCCACUCACCGGAUGUGGUCAUGCUCUGCAGCGGAAGAGGUCACAGAUCGCAGAAGCGAGAGCGGCCUUGAGCUCACGAGACGACCCCCCGGCCUUUAAGCCUCCUCCCCCGCCCUUCAGCGACUCUCGACGCUCCAUGAAAACAAAGCGCGGGGUCUCUGUGAGGUUUGGAACUGAGACCAUUAUCAACGGAGAAGAAGAUUCAGGAUUGUGUCCCAUUGAGCCUGAGGAGGAGCGAGUGGAGACUCAGCUGCACCAGCUGCCCACCGACCACACGUACAUCUACAGCAAAGUGCCCUGGAAAAUCCUCCUUCGCAAGGAGGUGUUCUACCCCAAGGAGAGCCUCAACAACCCCAUGGUGGUGAAUCUCCUCUUCAAACAGGUUGUCCACGACACGUUCUCCGCGACGUGCUUGCGCAUCACUCCGGGCGAGCGCGAGAAGAUGAAGAGCAUGUUGGCGGACUGCCGUGUGGGUCCGGAUGCCAGUUCCGCUGAUGAGCUGCUGAAGAAGAGGGUCAUCAUGGCUGCGAGGGACAAUUGGGCCACGUACUUCGCUCGUCUCUUCCCUGCGACGGGCAGCGCGGGCACUGAGGUCCAGAUGCUGGGCGUCUCCCACAAGGGGGUGAAGUUGCUGGCGCCGCACCGAGCGCGACCCUCCGAUCCGCCGCAGUUGCGUGUGCUGCACAGCUACAGUUAUGCGGACGUGCUGUUUGUGACGCUGCUGGACGCAAAGACGCUGGAGUUCAUGCUGUCCCGCGACAAGCUGCUUCUCUUCUCUCCCAAGGCGGCCCACGUCAAGGCCAUGGUCGACCACUUCAUCACCGAGCUCAAGAAGGACUCGAACUACGUGGUCGCGGUGAGGAGCUACUCCACGGAGGACCGGAGCCUCCUCAGUUUCCACAAGGGAGACCUCAUCAAGCUGCUGCCCCUGGACGGGCUGGAGCCUGGCUGGCGCUUUGGCAUGAGGAACGGGCGCUCGGGGCUCUUCCCUGCUGAGUAUGUGACACCGGCCGCUCCACCGGAAUACGAGCAUCUGUCUGACCGGCCUACAGGCGCGCUUAGUGCUGCCGGGAGCAACGUGGCCGAUCUCGACCGUGGAACUGAGACAUCGUCAGUGGCCAGCGAGUACACGGACAGCCUGGAUGACUGCAUGAGCAUUGCCUCGGAAGACGGAGGCUACACGAUGCUCGAUUUCGCCAAGAAGUUCUUCCGAGAGGCACAGGCAAACCAAAAUGGAGGGCGCGGAAAACUGCGGAAAGAAAAGGCUCCCACGGAUCCCUCCGAGAUGGUCAAGUACACCAAGUCUCCCAUCCAGGAGUCUCUGAUUCACUCACAAGACCCCAAGUUCAACAAGCUGGCUGUGGAGGCCUUCCUUGCUGUGAUGAAGUUCAUGGGUGACUACCCACUGAAGGGCCAGGGGGAGGUGGACAGCGUCUUCUCCCUACUCAAGUUCAGUGAGAAUCAGCCGGAGAUGCGCGAUGAGAUUUACUGCCACAUCGUGAAGCAGAUCACCAGCAACAAGAGUCCCAAGCCGGACAGCUGCCAUCGUGGCUGGAGGCUGCUGUACAUUGUGACGGCGUACAGCAAGUGCUCCGACAACCUGAAGCCGUACUUGCUGCGUUACCUCCGCGAGGUGGCCAACGACAGCAAGGCCAGCUUCCAGGGGAUGGCGCGAGUGUGCGAGCAGCACCUUCGGCGCACGCUGCAGAUGGGCGGGCGAACUCACCUGCCGUCCAGCAUGGAGCUCAAGGCCUUGGUGGCCGGGAGAAACUCCAAGCGGCAGCUCAUCCUCCUCCCAGGAGCCAUUGAGCGCCACGUGAAAAUCAAGACCAAUUCGACUGUGCAGGAUGUGAUUGAGGAGAUCUGCCAGGAGAUGGGGCUCCACAGGCAGGAGGCUCAGGAGGAGUUUGCCAUCUUCCUUGUCACCAACAGAGGGGAGUCGGUGCGACCUCUCCAGAAGAAGGAAUACAUCCUGGACGUUUCGUCCGAGGCCGAGAAGGUGGACGAAAUGCACCGGUUCUGGUUCCGCCGCAUCGUGUGGGUGCGGCCGCUGAAGUUCGACAAUGAGCUCUACAUCAGCAUGCACUUCAACCAGAUCCUGCCCGAGUACAUGAAUGGUCUGUUCCUGGUGCUGACCGCGGGCCGCAUCGACGAUCAGCUCACGCAGCAGGUGGCCAAGCUGGCGGCCCUGCAGCACCGCAUCAAAGGCAGCGACUACCAGCCCACGCAGCGUGAGGUCGGGGAAUACAUCCCGGCUCAGGUGCUGCGAAUGCAGCGGCCUCAGUCAUGGCUUGGUGUGGUGCUGCAGCACUCGGCACAGGUGCAGGCGUUGUCUGCACAUCAAGCUCGAGCGCAGUUCUUGGGACUGGCAAGUGCCCUCCCUCUCUUCGGGUCGGCAUUCUUCUUCGUCCAGAGCAGCAGCAACACGGCCAUCACCACCCCGUGCAUCUUGGCCGUUAACCAGCAGGGGCUGAGCUUCCUCAACAGCAUCACUCACGAGGUGCUGGUGAGCUUCCCCAUGCAGGAGGUGCAGUCGACGCGCACGCAGCGUCCCACACAGGGCGAGACCAUCCCCUACGUGGAGAUCAUGCUGGGCAACCUCAUGUCGCAACGCAUCAUGCAGCUGCAGCUGCAGCAGGGCAUGGAGCUGUGCCGGGUGAUCGCCAUGCACCAGGAGAUCCUCCUUGCUGCCCGGGAGAAGCGACACAGCCUCCCGCCCAGUGACAUCACCAUCCUCUAAAGCCGCGUUCACACUACUCACUCGCAUCCGGAACAACCACGGAGACUCACUGUGGACGAGCAUCCACACCUGCUUAGCAAUGCCACCAGGCCAUGCGAGCAGUCGCCUGUGCACUUGAAUCGGAGGACAGGGACCCUUAAUUGGCUGGCGAGGUCUGUGAUGUGAGACGACCACGUGGGGCAGGCUGAGGUGGGAGUUUGGGCUGCUGAUGAAAGGAAAAGAAAAUGGCAACUGCAGAGAACUCUGGGGCUGCUGCUGGUGUUAUUGGUGUGGGAGUCAUCCGACACGUAACGGACAUAAUUAUACAACACACCACAAAUACGAUAACGUACAACAAAAUCGUAUCAAAUAAAACCAACCGAAACAAUACAAUAAUUACAAAAUAUACUGUGCGGUAUAAUAAAAUGAGUAAUGAAACACCAAAAAUAAAAUAAUUAUCCAAGUACUCAUUUGGACUUACAAUGCCACCCAUGCAUCACUACCUGUGCACAGCAUUCUUUGGACUGAUGACUUUGUCGAUGAGGGGUGUGCUGGCCAGGGCGGUCUGGUUACCCGUCUGGUUACCCGUCUGGUUUAGUCUGGAUACCCUCAGAUGAUGUAAACUCGGCCUGAGAAUUCACAAUCCUGGCACAUUACUGCAACUAUGAGCAUUCUUGCCCAACAUAACCAUUCGCAGCAUUAUGGAAAAUAUAAAGAAUAAAAUAGAUAUACGCAGACAAUAUUUAUCCUUCAUAUUAUCUGUCUCUUCUCAUUAAAAAUAAAAGUAUAUCUAAGACAACCCUUCAAUCCAACAGAUUUCUGGGAGUGCAAAAUUGCAGCAGCAUUGUUCAGUACAUACAAAUGGCAGACCGGAUUCAACAUUCAGUGUUUUAUCAGGAGAGUCAGGACUGCUUGAAUUAAUGCUGGUGAAUUUCCAGAUGUAUAGGUUGUGUUGGUGUUUCCCACAAAGAACUGUUAGUGGAACCUCAAAGUCACCUUUCAACUACAUUGGAAUUGAUCAUGUAAUGACUGGUUGUCUCAGCUUAUGCUAUGGCCUUAUUCGCGUAUCGAGUCUACAUCACUGAGAUAUUCUGUUAGAACCCUGAGCUUUUUAGGUGCAAUCAGACCAGAUUGGCAUAUAUAUCGUGAAUUUGAUGAACAUCAGCCUGGUCAGUGAUUGCUGUGCACUUUAGCCAUCAUGUACAUUUGAAGCUGCACUCAAUUUGGUAUGACCCAACUUAAAUAUAGACAUAUCUAUACAGACAGGAAGCACACAAUUUGUCUACUUAAAUAUCCAGUGGGUGCUGGUAAGGGGGUCUAUUGAAGCACGAAAGUUGUAGCGAAGGAAAGUACAGUAAAUAUAUAUUUGUCUCUUCUAGGGCUAUUCCACCAUAACAUUCAGCACAGAGCUGUGAUUGGAGAGUUCUGUGCCUUGCAGUGGCAUUGCUAGGCCUCAUGCCUUGAUGCCGAUAAUAUGUAUUUAUCACAACUAGGGUUGGCACUUGACCCCUGGUCUAUGAUAUGUGUUUAUUUUGCGAAAACUCGUGUCAUUCUAGUACCCUGUCAUUGACCAAGAGUGGUGUAAAUUGGAUGCGUGCACAAAUGAUAUAAGGUAAUGCAACAGGAUUUUAGAUUAUACUCUUUGGGUCUUUCGUUCAAGUCACGUAAAUAGAAAAUAAUAGAUCACGACGUUUCGAUCGCAACACAAGCAAUCGUCUUCCUGCAGUCACAAAAGCUUUAAAUCAGGAUUUUAGAUUGCCAUAAUAAAACUACAUCAACUUGUAUGGGCAGAAUACUAAAAUUUGAAGCAAUUUUGUCAGCAGAUAAUUUUAAUAAGGUCAGAGUAUAAAGAUUUUAAAGAGUUUUUAAGAUUUUAAACUAAAAUAACUUUCACAGUUUCCAUGACUAAUCCCCUAACUCAGUGCACUUAUAAAUUGUAUAAUAUUCAAAUCAAGCCUUGUUACAAUGGUGCAAGUAUUUAAUACGCUUGCUCAUUCAAAACCAUGUUGACUUCCUCUGGGGCUCGAGGUUCACAAUGUCGUCUUUUAAAUGUUAUAUUAGUGGUGUAUUAGGACUGUUAAAUAGUAGGCUAUGCAGCAGGGAAUGCGUCUGUCGGUUUAAUCAGAGAACAUCAUAUCUAAAGCUCUUAAUUAGUCCUACAUUCAAUAAUUGCUGUGGGAAUCUGCUGCCCGUUUAAUCAGAACAGUCGUUGAUGGUUAUCUUAAACAAUCCCACAGGAUUUAAAAGCUGAAUGCAUAAUUCCCAUUAUGCGUUUAAAACACCACAAUGAAGUUCACCUCCAUGGAAACAUAAAUGUAUUUAAUUUCAGAAAAUCUGGUUUGGGGCCGAUGAGUGGGCCAAUUCGAAAUAUGGCCAUGGUCUCAGCUCAGUCACUAGUUCAUUCGCUUCUUGAAAUACACAAUAUACAACCUCUUUAUGAUUCUAAUUUUGCUGAUUCAUUGUCUUUCAAUACAAUUUCCAAGGUUUUCCUGAAUUACUGUUUUAUAUCUGAAAAGUUAUUAAUUUAACACAUUGAAAGAAAUGCUUUCAUACUGGAAGACAAUGGCUUACUGUCGGUGACCUUGUAUCAUAUUAUUGUCCUCUGUGUAGUAGAUACGUGCUUUGGUAAUUUAGUUCUUUACUGUAAUUCCCCACAAGAUGAAAACUUAAUCCAUCUAAACUGUCUCAGUGGCAUGCAUGCUGACCAAACGGCUAUCCAGCCACCUGAUGUAGGCUGCUAUUUCCAGCAUGCCCUGUAUAAUAGGUUUUGAUUGCUGCAGACGACUGUGCCAUGCCUUCACCAACUUGUGGAUGCUGUGUCACUGAGUGUCACUUAAUUUUCAUGGCUAUGCCAUUUUGCCUGUAUACUAUGAACGUCAAGCUUAAAGUAAAGUAUGAAAGUGUGUUGCAUGCUUUGUUGUGCAAACCUUGGAUAUUUUUUUCACUACAAAGGGAAUGACUCGUGUGAAGAUAUGUUUUUACAUAAAUGCAUUUUCAUGAUUUCAUGCAAAUAUCACGUACAUUUACUUGCUAUAUUCAUAAAGCAAACAGCUCUUUGCUAUAUUUCAUCUAUUAAAAUAAUUAUGUCAUUAUGGGAUAUAUGUGUUACCUUGUAAAACUAACCAAAGCGUAAUUACAGGAUUUAUACAGCACCCUUACCUAGCUGUCAGCUAGAAGGUAUUGAGGUUUUCCCCAUGAUUUAUUGCAACAAACUCUUCACAUCUGAGACAUUUGAGUGUACUCUAAUACUUUAUGUUGUGCCUUGAAUA